CGAAAAUACCGUGAAGGAUUGGCUCUAUCAAAUUUGUGUUAAAGAGCAUGCAAUAACGCAUCCCAUUCCGCCUCAAGCUACCGAAGAAGAACGUACUCUUCGGAAAAAGGAUAUUUCUUCCCUUAUAAAUUCUGUAGAACUCGUUCAAAGAAAACUUAACGAACUUCAUAUUAAGUUUGAGCAAACAAAAAGUCGGUUGGCUUUUUACGCGGAAACUUUUGAAUCAAACACUCGCUUCUCUUCAACCAACCAAUCAGAAAGUAAAGAAGACGAGUUUUUACCGCUAAGCACUCCAAUUUGCCCAUCUCCACCGUGCCAGGAUUUCAUUGGGAGCCCACCACGUGACCUUGAUACUUUUUCCGACUUUGGUGAAGAGGCGUGGGACCACAUGGAGCAGUUAGUAGAGGACGAACUUUUCAAGGAAAGCACUGAAAAAAGACUCAAAGAAAGUUCUGAACAACACGAAAGUAAAGCAGAAUCCGAUUAUCCUGAUUGGGCCGGCCUUAACUUUCCGUUUAGCAAAAAUGUUAUGAAAUCAUUAGUGCAAGUUUUUGGGUUAAGGAAGUUCCGAAAGAACCAACUGGAAGCCAUUAACGCCACGAUGAGCGGGAAGGACACUUUUAUAUUAAUGCCUACUGGAGGAGGGAAAAGUCUUUGCUACCAAAUUCCAGCCAUCAGCGACUUUAGAGCCAAUUCUGUUACUAUUGUUGUGUCUCCGCUUUUGUCGCUCAUUCAAGAUCAAGUCCAACGUCUUUGCUCUUACGGAAUUGGCGCCGCCUCUCUUUCAAAUGCUGACAAUUUGGAUAAUUUGCACCAAAUUAUGCUUGAAUUGCGCUCCCCUUCUUGCCGCAUUCGACUUUUAUACGUCACGCCCGAAAAAAUCAAUGGAAGCCAACAAACGCGUCGCCUUCUUGAUUUUUUAGUCAAUGCUAGACGGCUUGCCCGAAUCGUAGUCGAUGAAGCCCACUGCGUCAGCCAAUGGGGUCACGACUUCAGACCCGAUUAUAAAGAACUUAGUUCAUUGCGCGCCAGCUACCCUUCUGUUCCUAUAAUGGCGCUAACUGCCACGGCCACUGCGAGAAUCCGAGCAGAUGUGCUCAGCCAAUUAAAGCUAAGAGACGUCGUAUGUUUUAAGCAAAGUUUUAACAGGAGUAAUUUAGCUUAUGAAGUUCGAAAAAAAACGAGAGGUCUAGCGGACCAAAUAGCUCAGCUAAUCAAAGAGCAGUACAUGCACGAGGCUGGCAUUAUUUAUUGCUUGAGCCGCAGCGAUGCGGAAGUGCUUUCGAGCCAGUUGACCGAAAAAGGCAUUCAGUCUGCUUUUUAUCACGCCGGUUUGACCUCAAAAGAAAGAAGUGUUGUCCAAUCGCAGUGGCAAGCCAAUCUAGUUAAAGUGAUUUGCGCCACUAUAGCUUUUGGAAUGGGCAUUGACAAACCGGACGUCCGUUUCGUCAUUCACCAUUCGCUGCCAAAGUCUUUGGAAGGAUAUUACCAGGAGUGCGGACGUGCGGGAAGAGAUGGACUUAAAGCUUCAUGCAUAUUAUAUUACACGUACGCUGAUAAGAAUAGAAUGGAAAAUAUUAUUUUAAAGGAGACUUCUGGUGUUCAGGAAGUCCACUUGGAAAAUCUAAAAAGAGUUGUGCAGUUUUGUGAAAAUACGGUGGACUGUAGAAGAGUACAAACUUUAGCUUACUUUGGUGAAAAGUUUGAUAGAAAAAAUUGUAAUUAUGCGUGUGACAAUUGCUGGUCUAGAAGGACUUUCAGGUGCUGGACGGCGUGCUCGAGGAGCGCCUAA